AUUCGUGACUAUUUCAUUUAUAUAUGAUAUAAAAUGUUCUGGUGAAAUGAACAAAAGUAUCAGUUUAUUACAGACUGUUUUAGCACCUGGUACUGUUUGUUGUUCAAUAGCAAAUAAAUAUAUCAUGUCACGUUAUUCAUUGAUGUAUUUAUUAAUUGCACUUGGUGUAACAUGUUGUAUAAAUUCUGUUUAUACAAAACCAAUUCAAGUUUUAAAAAAUAUACCUGGUUAUAUUUCUGUCUACAUAAGACAUGGUGAUGAACCACUUAAUGAAAUAAAUCCUGAACUUGCUGAUGCAUUUAAUGAAAAUAAUAAUAUGGAUGUUGUACCAAUGGAAAAAAUUUCAUCAAAAGAUUUUAGUUCAGUUGAGGAUAAAUUAUUUGGCAGUGAAUCGUUAAAUUCACUUGUUAUUUUUAACAAAGAAAUACGUGAGUUGUCUCAUUCACGUUCAUCAGUUCAGGUUUAAUUAAAAAUAAACUAAUGAAAGGAGAAUAAAAGGAGAAGAUCAGGGACGUGGCACCGAAUACAACAACCGAGGACGUUUAUCUGUGGGCUAUAUGCAAUCAGUCAUUCCCCACUCAUCAUCAUUUUUUUUUUAUUUUUUCAUAUUUCCCUGUCGUCAUAUGUAGACCCAACAAAAAAAAAAAAAAACAAAUGUGAAUGUCAAAUAUAGCAUAUUUUUAAAUUUAAUAAUAAUUCAUAUAUUCAUUUCGAAAAUGUUUUUUUUUUUUUUAUUGAUUUAUCAUAUUAUACAAAAAAAAUAUAGAAUUCAUUAUUUUAAAAAUUUAUUUCUAUAACAAAAUAUAUCAUGAUUUUAAUAAAAUUAAUUUUAAAUACAUGCACACUCGACAAUUUGUAUAAUUUCACGUUUGAAGCCUCUUCGAUUUCUAUAAAUGCAAAAAUAUAAAAUUUAAAUAAUUUGUUAAAAAUUAA